CUCCGCAAUUUGGUGGUUGCACCUUUGGUGGAAGAAAUCGCAUUUCGAGCGUGUAUGGUUUCAGCGUUGAGGUCAACGACCUUGCCUCAAGGGUGGAUUCCGGUACUGGCCCCUUUAUUCUUUGGUCUGGCUCACGCCCAUCAUGCACUCCAAAUGUAUCGUGCUGGGGAAUCGUGUCGACCGAUCAUAGUUCAGACCAUGUUUCAGUUUGCAUACACAUCUAUGUUCGGGGCGUACGCUUCCUUUGUCUUUCUAUGGACUUCGUCGAUAGCAGCAGUCUUUGUCGCUCAUUCGUUUUGCAACGCCAUGGGAUUGCCUCACUUUGAUUUCCUUUUGCCGUCCUCGGGUCUAUACGGCUAUCGAAUACUUCUGAUGCUGGUGCACAUUGUUGGUUUGUCUGGCUUUGUUUUCGGA